UCAGAUCGCGCGGUGGGUCCCGCUGGGCAUCGAAGGGUUUCCACCGUUCAUUACUGAUCAGUCAGUUGAUUUGUUCAAUUAACUCGAUCGAUUAUUCAACAGAAGAGAAGACAACACGUUUGAAUCGGCCCCGUGUGCCACCGUGUUUCUGUGAAGGAACAUCGGUAACAAUCGAUAUUUCUGUCCGGAAACAUUGGAGUGUGACACAUGACAACAGAAACACGGAAGGAGCAGGAGUCAGCUGACACCGCUCGCGCUGGCUUGGCUGUCAGAUUCUCACUGGGACGAUCACCGUGCGUCAUGGAGGACCAGGAGAUGCAGCUGAAAGUUAGACGAGUGACGGACAAGUUCACAGAGAGCAUGUACGUGCUGGCUAACGAGCCGUCGGUGGCUCUGUACAGACUGCAGGAGCACGUGAGGAGGUCGCUGCCUGAACUGGUGCAGCACAAGACAGAUAUGCAGAGCUGGGAGGAGCAGAGUCAAGGAGCCAUCUACACUGUGGAGUACGCGUGCAGUGCCGUGAAGAGCAUGACCAACAGCAGCAUGUAUUUCAAAAACAUUGAUAGCCUCCUCCGUCAAGCCAUCAGCCUAAAGGAACAGAUAAGCAACUCUCAAGGACGCAGGAAAAGGACCAUUGACUCUGGCGUGCCUAAGGAAGGUGGAGAAAAGCACAACUCUGGGAUGUGACGUGACUUCCUGAGCAGGCAGUUUUGCUUUCUCCAGUCCCUUGCACUGGUACCUCAUGAUUGUGGCUAAAGUGGGGUCAUAAGGACGACACCUCCUCAUCACAAUGGAGCGACUGCCUCCACUGGCCCCAUAGUACAAGCCGCUGAGUGGAACAGAGCACCACAGCGCUGCCAGGUUCAGCAUUAAAAACACUUAAGUCAUGGACGCUGCUCAAAGAAUGCAUUGUUCUCCCUGGACUGGCUGAAUGGACCAGAGAGAAAGCAGCAGAGCUGUUUUUGCCUCUGCUGUUGAAAAUCAACAGUACUGCUAGUGUUUUGGAUGCUAGUUUUCAGUUUUUUUUUUAGUUUGUUGUUGAUAGCUACACACUAUAAGUAGCCUGCAUGUAAAGCUUAAUACACAUUCACAUUGAAAAUACACAGAAGUGUGCUAGAAGGUAACAGCAGGUUCCCAGCUCUUACUUGUGUUUCAGUAUCUAAGUAUAUCUUCAUGUCACAUUGUGCAACUUGUUCUUCAAGAGUGAAUUUAGACUUAAAAACAUGAGAAUCACAUUAUUCACUGUUUUGUUCUUACCUGCUAAGUAGACAGAGACCCCCAGGCAGAAGAGUCCAAUAGCUACAUGUCGAACAGCUCUGCUAUCCAAGAGGAACCAGUCUGCUCUGUUGAAAGAAAUGUCCUAUAUUUGAUGUCAUGCUUCAGAUACAGUUUCUUUCUACUAAACAUUUUAAUUUUUAGAAUUAAUACAUACUGAAAACUUUCUGCAAAAUAUUUUGUUGGGGAUUUUGCACCUUCCUUGCCAUAUAAUCAAACUACUCUGGUUUCUUUUUACUUCUCCCCCAAUAAGUCAUCAUAUCAUCAUAUAAAACAUUUACUUAAUGAUUUGGGUAUGUUACUAGAUGAUUUGUGUAUCUCAUUGCUAUUCACAUUAUCUUGGAAUGUCCCCUCUGUCAGUGGGGAGGUCGAGGGCCAUGCUGUUGGAUUUGUAUACCGACGUGGGAAAGGACCGGCGAGAGGCUGUAUACUGGGUGCAUAAUGAGAGGAAGGCCAUUGUUUGGAUGGGAUUCAUGGGGGUUGUGAGGUGGGGGUCGACCAACAACAUUGCAGUGCGGGCCUCUGCACUCUGACACAUGAGGGCUUUUAUGCUUCUGAGACCGUGUUUUCUUUUAAUGAAACUUAAUAGAGUUGAACUCAGAUAAGGCUGUGGUUUACAGGGGAACAAUUAAAGGAGGAGAAACCUACUAAACAGAUUAAAUGCUGAUUUCAACUAAAAGCAACAGUGUACACUUCCAAUGACUAGAAAUUACAAACUCAUAAAAGAUAAAUUAUUGUUUUGAUAUGCUCUAUA